CUGCUCUCCUUCAUUCAUCCUUUUCUCCUACAUUCAUCCUGCUUUCCGGUUUUCCUCGUGAAGGAUCGCCACACCCACUGAGAAAAGCGACUACAGCAAAUCAGGAACACACAUAUAUACGGACACUUCACUGGCGUGCACUACUAUGUUUCUUGGAUUGUUGUUGCCAAACAGUGCUGCAUUUGUUGGUAGUGUGUAUGUUGAGUGUGUGUGUAUGAUAGUUGGACUCUGAAUCCUCAUACACACUUAAGGAGCGAGGCAUAUCAAUUCUUGCUGCUUGAGGCUUUGCUGAGCCAUUUCUGCCUGAAGAAGGCUUUUCAUAUCCCAGGAUGCUGUGCAGCAGGCCACUCCAUUAGGCCGCAGCAGAAUGGGUAGAGCCUCAAAGCGCCAGGACACUGCUGAUUGGACAGCUCUUCACUGGACGGGCACAGACGCACAAACAGCCGCUGCCCAUGGGUGAGGACGAGAGUCCCAAGAUCAACCACAGCUUCCUCCGAGACUACGUCACUGAGGCUGAUGUCAUUUCCACUGUGGAGUUCAAUCACACAGGGGAUCUGCUGGCCACUGGAGACAAAGGGGGACGAGUGGUCAUCUUCCAGAGAGAGACUGAGAGUAAAGGAGAUAAGGAGGAGCUGGGAGAGGCGGGUGAAUAUAAUGUCUACAGCACAUUUCAGAGCCAUGAGCCAGACUUUGAUUACCUGAAGAGUUUAGAAAUUGAGGAGAAGAUCAAUAAGAUUCGCUGGCUGCCUCAACAGAACGCCGCCCACUUCCUUCUUUCCACCAAUGAUAAGACAAUAAAGCUGUGGAAGGUGAGUCAGAGGGACAGACGUCCAGAAGGAUACAACCUGAAAGAUGAAGAAGGACGAAUGAAGGACAUUUCCACCAUCACAUCACUACGGGUCCCAGUACUGAAGCCCACUGAUUUGAUGGUAGAGGUGCGUCCUAGGCGGGUCUUUGCAAAUGGCCACACCUAUCACAUCAAUUCCAUAUCAGUGAGCAGUGAUGGGGAAAUGUACCUGUCAGCUGAUGACCUCAGAAUCAACAUGUGGCACCUAGACAUCACCGAUCGCAGCUUUAACAUUGUGGACAUUAAACCAGUGAACAUGGAGGACCUGACAGAGGUGAUUACAGCAGCCGAGUUUCACCCGCAGCACUGUCACCUGUUCAUCUACAGCAGCAGUAAAGGAACGAUCCGCCUGUGUGACAUGAGGACAUCUGCCCUGUGUGAUACACAUGCCAAGAUUUUUGAAGAGCCUGAAGAUCCAGGGAACCGCUCGUUCUUCUCUGAGAUCAUUUCCUCAGUCUCUGACGUGAAGUUCAGCCACAGUGGACGUUAUCUGCUAACACGAGACUACCUCACGGUGAAAGUGUGGGACCUAAACAUGGAGAAAGGACCAGUAGAGACAUACCAGGUUCAUGAGUACCUCCGCAGUAAGCUCUGCUCGCUCUAUGAGAAUGACUGCAUCUUUGACAAGUUCGAGUGUGUGUGGAACAGCACAGACAGUGUGAUCAUGACUGGAGCAUAUAACAGUUUUUUCCGUAUGUUUGACCGGGACUCGGGGCGGGGUGUGACACUUGAGGCGUGGCGUGAAAGCAGUAAACCUCGUGCAGUGUUACGGACACGGCGUGUGUACACCGGGGGGCGUCGUCGCCGUGGGGAUGUAGGAGUGGACAGUCUGGACUUCCGCAAAAAGAUCCUUCACAUGGCAUGGCACCCGGCUGAGAAUAUCAUUGCCAUUGCUGCCUCCAACAACCUUUACAUCUUCCAGGACAGAGUAACCCCAGAGAACCAGUGACACACACACACAACGUUCUCUCUAUCUGUGUGUAGGUAGAGACCAUGGGGUGUAUCUGACACAACUACACGCAGUGAAACCUCACAUACACUACUUUCAUUGGACAGAUGAGGAACAAUGUGCUUCUGCUGUGUGACUGUCUGUCAGCCAAAAUCACAGAGGCACAGAGAGAAACAGAGGACACAGUGCUUGUGAAAAGGGGAGGGGAAGGAGGAUAAACCUUAUGAGCAGAUGUGACAUUUUCAGUGGGCGGGGCUUGUAGACUUGUGGGCUGCAGGGGAGAGUCAGUGUUCACCAUCACACGACUGAUGUUACCUGGUUGUCAUGGUUACAGCUGUAGUCUAAAACGUCUUCCUAUCAUGUUCUUCCUAAACCAAUCCCAUCAUGCAUCUUCUUACACAUUAGCAGGUGCAGACACACAUUAUCUCACACACAAUAUCAUACACACAAGCUGAAUACACAUACACACACAAACACAAGCUAAAUAUGUACACAUACUCUCAUACACACAAGCCGAAUACACACACACACAAGUUAAAUACGUAAACACACUAUCAUACACACACACACGUCUACUUCCUGUAACAGGCAAUUGGUCAAAACCUCAUUUAACUAACACUAAUCAUUUAAUUAACCUUGUUUACUAUAAACACUACAUUAACACCACACGAACAUGAACAUAACACCAACUUUACACCAUUAAAAUUCACCAACAAUGAAUUUUGUCACCAACAAAAUUAACGCUACACUAACUUUAAUACAACACCACCACUACCGACACCAUACCUAUAUCAACACUGCACUAACACUACACAAACAUUAACACACUAACUUUAACACACCACCAACACUAUGAUAACAUUAAGACUACACCAACACAACACUAAGCUUAUUGAAUCUAACAUUACACUAACACUACACCAUCACUAACCCCAACACAUCAACAACACUACACCAAAAC